CCAAAAAAGAAUCCUAUUAUUGGUAUUGUUACAUAACGCUGGAAUUUAAAAUGAAAGUAACGUUGGAUUCAUAAGCAAUCAAAGAGUCUGUCUUUGGCAUUGUUGGUGUAAGAAACGCAAGGUUGGGUGAUAAGUGUGAAGAACAAAAUGUCGCAGCCAAGAAGGUAUGUGCAUGUGUUACUGUUUAUGUUGUUUGCAGAGUUUAUCAUAAGAUAUUCAUCCAUUUAGAGGUCGCAAUGUUGUUUUGAUUCCAGUUCACCCGAUAGGUUGGAGUUGCAAACUCCAUGGAAGCGGCUCACAGUUGAGAGGAUACUGAGUGGGUCACAGGAGAAUGAUGAUGUUAUGGAGGAAUGGAAGAAACAACAUCAAAGAUUGAAUCGUGUCGACGAUGCCGGUAAAGUUUCUGUAGAGGCUGCCAGGAUUGUUGAAAAUAAAGGGGAUGAUGGAGAUGGAAUUGAAUACAUAAUGAUAUCUUCUGAUAGUGAGAGGGAAAUGAGUCCUGUACAGGAAGAGUUCGAAGAAGCGUACUGGACACGUGAAGUUCAUGAUGUAAAGAAGUUUUGCUCAAAUGUUAUGUAUAUUCCUGCAGAAAUAGUAGAGAAAUGUGGGCUUGCUGGAAUGUCAGAGAUUACCCUCAAUGAUGUGGACAACGGGUACCCAUAUGAGUGCAAUGUGAAGAAGAGGCCAAAAAAAAAUGAAACAUAUUUGUAUGGAGAAUGGUUUGACUAUGUAAGGGCAGCGGAACUGAAAGUAGGUGAUAAAGUGCACUUUGUGAUUUAUUACCCGCCGGUGUUAGAUAUUAUGGUAACAGUGGAGCGCAGUGGUGAUCGUUGAUAGAGCUGUUGGUUAGGCAAUGUUUGUGGUGGAUGUAUAGGGCCGUUUUUUAGCAGUUUGGUUUGUAUGGGAUUUAUGGUUUUGUUUUUUUUUGUAAUGGUGGAUGUGAACCAAGAUUAAC